AUAAAAAUGAUCUCAUUUUGGAAUGAUUAAGACUCUAAUAAUUUUUACUUAAUAAACAAUCACACAGGUGAAAAGUAGAGAGUUUACAAAACUGGAGAAUAUAUUAAAGAAUUUGAUCCUUCUUUAACAGGACGAGUUGGAUUUAAACAAAGAUUAAAGUUGGCUCUAAAACCAUCUUAUUUACCUGCUAAAGCAAAAUCAUUAUAAUCUAGAUUUACAUUUUAUACUCCUAAAGGUAAUAAAUUUUUAUGGUAUUCUCAAUGUCCUCGUCCUAAAGAACUUCCUAAUUUAGAACAUUUUACAACGACAAAUAAAUCAUUUCUAUCAUAAACAUAAAGAGAAAAAUAAUUUGUAUUUCCAGUUUCAUUUUAGAAGAAUUAACCUUAAGUUAAAAAUACAACUGGUAUUUCAAAUUACUAAAGUCUUCUUGAACCAGAACAAAUAUAAUCAAUUUAGAAUGUACAGAAUUUAGACUUAAACAAUGAAUAACAUUUUAAAGAAAUGAGCAAUCUAUUUGAUUCUAAAUCUUAUGAUUAUAAAAGUUACAACAAACCUCAAAGGUCUAAUUUUAAUUGUAGAUCUAUUAAAGAGAUUGAAUAAAUAUUAAAAGAAGAAUAAUAAUAAUUAGAGAUGUUUAAAGUAAUUAUACUCAUUUAUAUUAGUUACCAACACCUAUUAAAUAAUUUUUUAACACAAAAGGCAGAUUUCCUUUUAAAAUAAAAACAACAUCUGAUUUUGUAAAAGAAGAUAAAAUGAUUGCAAAAUUAUGUAAUGUAUAAUAAAUCAAUAAUUAUAGUAUAUCCUGAAUUAUUUAAGGAAAAGAUCACUGAUCCUAAAUAAGAAGAGUUGAGAAGAAGAAUAAAUAAAUCUAAAGAAUAAGAAAUGUUAGCCAGAAAUUUAAAAAAUAAAGUUUGA